AUGGAGGCUACGGCAGCGGCUCCAGCGCCAGCGGCGGAGACGGACCCGAAGCACCACCACGGAUGUCUGGCCGUCAGGACGUCGCUGCCGCGGUGCGCCCUCGGCGCCGGCAGCGGCGGCUCCUCUCUGCCUGGAUCUUCCGAUGAAGCGUCAUGUGGAUCACCGAGAUGGAUAGGGAGAGGCCUCUCAUGUGUGUGCAUCAAGCGAAAAGGCACAUAUGAAAGAAUAUGCAUGAACCUCACACCAGUGCAGGAAGAAAGGCUUCAGAGAUUGAAGCAUCGCAUGAAGGUUUACUUUGAUCCAUCUAGACGAGAUCACCAGGAAGCCCUGAAAGCUCUUUGGCAUGCAACAUACCCUGAUCAAGAACUUCAAGGUUUGAUAUCUGAACAGUGGAAGGACAUGGGUUGGCAAGGAAGAGACCCAUCAACUGACUUUAGAGGUGCAGGAUUCAUAUCUCUGGAGAAUCUUUUGUUCUUUGCCAAGACAUUCUCCGCCUCAUUUCAGAGACUUCUAAAGAAACAGUGUGGUAACAGAGCCACAUGGGAGUACCCAUUUGCAGUUGCUGGUGUAAAUAUUACAUUCAUGAUCAUGCAGAUGCUCGAUCUCCAGUCAACUAAGCCAAGAACAUUUGUGCGAGCCAUUUUUAUCCAAAUGCUCUCAGAGGAUGAGUGGGCAUUUGAUCUGCUCUACUGCGUCGCAUUUGUUGUGAUGGACAAGCAGUGGCUGGACAAGAAUGCGUCUUACAUGGACUUCAAUGAGGUGCUGAAGUCGACAAGAGCCCAGCUGGAGAGGGAGCUUAUGCUGGACGAUGUCAUCCACAUCGACGACAUGCCAUCAUAUAGCCUGCUUUGCUAG